AUGUUUUCCACGGCCUUAGUUAUAUUGACGUUUGUAGCGUCGAUAGAUGCGAAACCUCUAGCUAAGACCUAUGUUAAUAGCACAGGUUCCUCAGGACCUCUCACUUUUAAAAGCGACGGGACGUUCCAGAUAUCAAUAUUUGAAGAUUUACAUUUUGGCGAAAACGCAUGGGAUCAAUGGGGACCCCAACAGGAUGUCAACUCUGUCAAGGUCAUCAACGAAAUUCUUGAAGCUGAGUCUCCUGGACUUGUUGUCUUGAACGGCGACUUGAUUACUGGCGAAAACGGAUUUCUAGAGAAUAGUACGGUUUAUAUCGACCAGAUUGUCAGUCCUCUCGUAAAUCGCGGUCUAACCUGGGCGUCAACGUAUGGCAAUCACGACUAUGACUACAACAUAUCCGGCAGUACCAUUCUCGCCCGCGAAAAGCGGUGGAGUAAUAGUCGGACGACACAGAUGGUUUUCGAUGAAGAAGCGGGGACGUCAAAUUACUAUCUUCCAGUUUACGACAGCAAUUGCAGCGAUGAAAAUUGCACUCCCGAGUUGAUACUUUGGUUUUUUGACAGCAGGGGAGGAUUCCGGUAUCAGCGGAAGGACGGAUCCGGAAACCGGGUUGGCCAGCCAGAUUGGGUCGACUUCAGCGUCGUGAACUGGUUUCUUCAGACGAAUAAUGAACUUGUCGAGAAGUACAGCAAGGCUAUCCCAUCGCUGGCGUUUGUCCAUAUCCCAACUUACGCAUCGUACGUCUUACAGAAAGAAGGUAUCAAUCCGCAUGCCGAGCCAGGGAUAAACGAUGACUAUCCGCUGGCUCCCCAGGCCCAAGGAUGGUGUGCAGAUGGUCGGAACGACGGUACUUGCGAAUAUGGCGGCCAAGACAUCCCGUUCAUGCAAGCUAUCUCGGCUGUUCCGGGAUUAAUGGCUGUCUUCUCAGGGCAUGAUCACGGAAAUACGUGGUGCUAUAAAUGGGAUAGACUACUCCCUAACAUGACGGUCUCGCCUCGCAAUGACGUUAACUUAUGUUUCAGUCAACAUUCAGGGUACGGUGGUUACGGUAACUGGGAGAGGGGGGCUCGUCAGGUUCUCGCAACGAAGUCAAAACUGGCAAGAUUUGAGGUUGAUACAUGGAUCCGCCUCGAGUCUGGAAAUGUCGUGGGUAGCGUCUCGUUAAAUUCUACGUACGGGAAGGAUCUGUAUCCGGCGACCAAUAAUUCGAAGACCUACUGUCCUACAUGCGAUUACGGCUCGUAG